CCAAAUCUUAGAGCUCCAAGGGCACUUCGUCAAAGAUGCUGGUGCGGUUCGGAAGGCGCAGUGGACAGACCAAGGAAAGCACGGGUGAGCUAAACUGACCCAUACCCACGUGAAGAUUGUUUCUGACCCCUGGGCAUGGGGUGAGUAGCGAGAGUACCACGUGAGGGUGCCUAGUUCAGGUGAAGUGGAGUCCACCAAGUCGAAAGCAGCUUGGGGUCUGUAUGAAUUAGACAGUUUUUCCCUCCAGUGAAUUGAAAUAAAGAACUCUGAAGAAGAUCAAGCUCUCUAUCCACCUCUCCUGCCUAGCAACGUAGAUCUCCAUCAGGUCACUGUAAUUCCACACAACGAGUGGAAAAGGAUUCGAGACAGCCUUGACAGUUUGACGAGAAAAGCAGCAUGCCUUCGUGCAGAAAGAAAAGCAAAGAAAGAAAUGCACCUCAGAUCCCAAGAAGUGGUAAAACACUGGACUAAUACAUAUGCAGGUAUGAGAAAACAGAAACUUGAAGCCAAAAAGAAGCGUGAUGAAGAAAUAGAGGCAGAAAGACAAAUUCUUGAUGUGGAAGAAGAAAUAUACAAACAGGGAGAAAGAAAAAAGGCCAUCGAAUAUGCAAAGCAAUAUCAAUUUUACCAGACAGACAGAGUGAAAAACUUUCAUUCAGGACUUCUUCUUAGUAGAGUUAUGAAGGAACGUGAUGCACAGAUUGAAUCCCAAAAGAGUAGAAUAAAAUCGGAUAACAAAUGGGACGAACAAUCGAAACUCAGCAUUGAAAAAGCUAUUAAAGAAGAACAAGAAAAAGCAGAAAAACGAUACAAAGAUAGAUUGGCUCUUGCCAAUGAUCAUUUAAAACAAAUAGAGGAACAUAAACAGGAAGAAGAAAGAAGGAGGAAAAGUGAAGAAAAGGAUGCUGAGGAAAUAAAGCGACAGAAUUUAUUAUAUGAAAUAGAAAAAAGAGAAAAACAAGAAAAGAAAAAAGAAGAGAUAAAUGAACGAAGGAAACUGUUUUUUGAAUAUAUGAAUGAUAAAAAUAUCAUCAAAGCUGUAGAACAGCAGCAGCAAGAGGAAGAAGAUGAAAAGAUUAGAAAAUUUAUCAAAGCAAAAAAGCGUCUGACACAAAUGAGGAAAGAAAAAGAAGCUGAAACACACAGGCUAAUGGAAGAACGUCGAGAAAGAAUAAAUAACUUCCUGAGUGACCUAAUAAAACAGAAACUUGACAAUGAAGAUUUGAUUACUGCUAGAGAUAUUACAGAAGCUGAGGCUACAAUGGAAAAAAGAGAAAGAGAGAAAUAUGAAAAAAACAAAGCAGAAUUAAAAGCAAUCGAAGAAUAUAGAAGCAUUGUGAUGAAAAAUAAAGAGGAAGAAGAAAUACAAAGAAAAAUAGAGGCUAAAGAACAAUUGCUGGCUGUCAUGAAAGCAGACCAGAUUUACUGGGAGCAUGAAGAGGAGAAAAAACGCAAAACUGAUAAAGAACGUCAUGAAGUUCAAGAUGCCCACAUUCAUCAAAUGGCCAAAAAUAAGUUUAAUGCAAAACAAGCAAAACAAGCACAAUUAGAAUAUUGCAGACUUACUGAAGAUCUUGUGGAAGAAAAGGAGCAAGAAUUUCAGGAUUAUGCCAGAGAAGUAAUUGAACUUGAGUCUGAAUCAACAAAUAAAUAUAUUUAUCCUCUUGUGAAAGCUGUCCAGGCAGGCCCUGGAGGUGGCCAUGGACCAGUUCUUAAGGACAGAGGUGGAGUAAGACCUAGUUACCAGGCAAAUGAUUGCUCUGGAGUCCAGCUCCCUUCUUAUAGCUGUCAGGGAUCAAAAUGUAAUAAUUUUCAAAAGUCUAAGGGAAGGCUAGGUUUUACAUGGUAGAAAAGUUUAUUUGUAAGAUUGAGUCUAAACUGUAACUAAUAUUGUAAGCUACAAAUGUGAGUGAAUUUCAGGUUCAUAAUUUAAUAAAGCUGCUCUUCACCUAAGUAUAAUCAUGUGUGAUCUUCACCACUGAAGGUUAAUUCAAUUUUAAAAUUUUAAUAUACAUAUACAACAUGAAAUGUAUAAUUUUAGCCACUAAAAAAAUGUGCUCAGUUGCAUUUCAUUUAGCAUAGUUUCAGAGUUUAUCCAUAUUACUUUAAUCAGAACUUCAUUCUUUCUUAUAGCUGGAUAAUAUUCCAAUGAAAGUUGUUCUUUUCUCUUCAGAAAAUUAUCAUCCAAUUCUUAAAUUUUAGUUUCUAAUAACACUACCAAUAUUACUAACAAUGAUUACUGAAUGCAAUUUAUGGCUUCUUUGUGAUUUUAGAGUGUAUCUCACUAGAUAUGCAAAUUACCAUGUUUUAAAGUCAAUGGAAAUAAUUCCUCUACAUGGAGUUUGGUAACCAAGUUGAUACAGACUCUGGUUAUGAAUUACAUUCCCCUCCUCUUUUUUUUAUCUUGAUAUAAAAUGCAGAACACAAAUGUUACCAUCUUAGCCAUUUUUAAGAGUACAGUUCACUAGUGUAACUCACUCACAUGGUAUACCUGAUCUCCUGAACUUGAUCAUCUCGGGAAACUGAGACUAUACACCCAUUAAACAACUCUCCAUUUCCACCUCCGGUCAGCUCCUGGGAUCUACCACUCUAUUUUCUAUUUCUCAUGAAUUUGACCACUCUAGAUACCUCAUUAAAUAGAAUUAUACAGUUUGUCUUUCUUUGACCGGUUUAUUUCCAUUAACAUAACGUCCUCCAAGUUCACCUAAUGUUGUAGUGUCAGAAUCCUUUCAUUUUAUAAGACUAAUACUAAAUUAUGUAUGUGCCAAAUUUCCUUUAUCCAUUCCUUCAUCAGUGGACACUUUGGCUACUUCUACCUCUGGUCUGUGGUGAAUAAUGCUACUGUAAAUACUGGCGUGCAGGUCUCUUUGAGACACUGCUUUAAAAUCUUUUCAAUAUAUGGUCAAAAGUAGAAUUGGUGGAUGACAUUGUUUACAAUUUUUUGAGGAAUCAUCAUACUGUCUCCCAUGAACUGCACCACUUUACAUUCCCAAGAUUGCACGAGGGUGCACUCUUCACUAGCCCCUUUGAUGGUAGCCAUCCUAAUGAAUGAGGUGGUAUCUCAUUGUGGUUCGGAUUUGCAUUUCCCAAACUGUUGAUGUUGCAAUUUAUUAUCACUGGAUAAAUGUCUACUUGAGUCUUUCUUUUCUCCUCCCACUGCUUUUGCUGUUCUUUACAUAAUGUGGAUAUUAACCCCUUAUCAGCUAUGACUUGCAAACAUUUUCUCCCCAUUUCCUCAGAAAAGUUACCUUUUCACUGCUGUCCUUUGUAGGUUACCUAUUGCUUCUUAAUAUAAGCAAAUAUAUACACACAUUUGCAUUUUAUUCUUGCACGAAAUCUUGUUUUCAUUUACUACACCCUAUACAUUACAGUCCAGUAUAUAGCCCCCCUCCCCAACCCAAUCUGGCAUGGCAUUUUGUUACACAUUAUGUACUAGUUUAUUCAACCAGUGGUAUACCAAUUUAACGAUCUCCAGUUUUGGCUAUUAGAAAUUUCUGCAAUGAACAGCUUUGUUUCAUAUUUCCAUCAGUGUACCUCUGAGAUAGACUUCUACAAAUGGGAAUGCUGAGUAUAGGUAUAACUUACACAGACUGUCUUUCUCUCAGGGGUCAAAUCUUAUAGCAAAAGUAUUUGAUGUCAUGAUCUCUGAGAAGCCUUGAGCAAUAAAAUGUACUCUCCCCCCAUGCCCAAUUUUGCAUGUAACUUCAGGACUUCUGCACCACCCUCUCACAGGCUGUACAGGGCAGUGGCUCGCCAUACCCAGGACUGUGAUUAAGUAUAUCUGGGGUGAGGACAGCCUCCUAUACUUUUUAAAAAUGGUAUAGAUGAUUCUGUAAGCUAAGCUAUUAUUCUUACCCAUAAUUUCAGGGUUUAAAGACCCUGGGUUAAACAAUUUCUGUUAAAAGACUAAUGCAGCUGAAUAUUAAAAAUACUACAGAUUCCCAAAUUGUGUGCCAAGGUGAUCUAAGGGACCCUAGUGAAUUCACAAAUGUAGAGCUGGUAAGUUAUUUUAAAAACUCGGAAGGGAAACAAUAUUUGCCAUCUAUUGGACUCUAUAGGUUUUACUAGUUUUAGUUCAGUUUCAACGUAUUAAACAUGCCAUCCCUUUAAUGACAUCCUAUCUGUAAACCUGGGUGUUCAGUAGUUGCUGGAAAAAAAUUGAAGUAUGACACAAAAAUGUAAAAGAAGACGGUGAUCGCAUCCAGUCUGAUUCCAAGGUUUUAGUGCAAUGACUUAAGUUGCAUACAUCCCAUUAGUAACUAACUGUUUUGGAGGCUUAGGGUUGCCAUGCAAAGGCACAAUGAACUAAUCAAGUCUGGGAACCUGUUACAUAUCCUUUCCUUUAAAUUGUUUUAGGGAGUAUAUUACAUAGCAGUAAUGACUAGAUUUGGAUAAAGUUAUCUUCAUAUUAUAAAACAGAAAACAAGUUUCUACAAAAUGGUAAGUUGUAUAAAUGUUUUAUAACCAACUUACUUCAAUGAAAGAUAAAAUAAAAGACCAGACAUUACUAGCUUUUCUCCUUUACACAAUUUGACUCAACUGGGCUAGGCUUUCUACUAGAGUUAAGCACACUAAAGAGUCUAUGCAGCUUGAAAAUUAAUCAUAAACAAUUCAGUGUAAGGAAUGAAAUGGCAACACACACUAAGCAGUGGAAACAUAACUGCUCUGCUAUUUAACAAACCAAGAACUACAGUUUGUGGCAAAAUGUAAACUACAACCAACACAAUUUGGGUAUUGAGGACUUUGAGGGGGAAAAAGCCUUUAAAUUAUGAACCAGCACUUACAAAUAAAAAGGAUAUAUAUUAUUGGAUUAGGAAAUGUUUAGGAUAGAAACAUUCUUAGAAAGCAAUAAAAAUAGGAAAAGCAAAUUGAUACUAAAAGUAUUUUAAUACACAAUUUGCACAGUCCAAGCACUCAACAUUUUACAUAUUCUCCUGGCUAAAUAAAGCAUUAAAAAACCCCAAAACACUCCAGAAUUUCAAAGUUCAGUAAUAUUCAUGUCAAUACAUACAAAUAACUGGAUGGUCAGAACGUUCUUACCUAAGCAUAUGUAUUUUCCACGACUAACUCUCAAGUUAGGUAGGUGCAUUUUCCUUACAUAUGUCUAAUUUAAAUUUAAAAAGAAAAAGGGAAACUAAGCAAAAAUCCAAAAACUAGAAUCGAUUUUUCUUACAAGUCAAUCAACAUUUAUAUGGCUUUACAACAGUUUUAAAACUGGCAGGCAAAGGAUAUAAUACAGUGUUCCCAAUGCUGAGAAAAUUUGGAGGAAUUAAAAAGCAAGUGGGCUUUUCUACUAGAUAGUAAUGCAAAUUCCAAGUGUAAACUUAAAAGUUUGCUGAGGCAAAGACACAUUGCAAUAGAAAGCAUCAUGAUUAAACAUUUAUACUAGGACUUAUUCCCAAACCUUCUGGAAAUUGUCACUGCUGGCUAAAUUCUUAAGCUCAGUACUGUUCAACUCUGCUCAGUUUUUGCCUAAUACAAACUCUAUAUCCCUGUGGGUAAAAUAAAAGUAUAUUUUAGUUGAUUUAUCUUCAUUAUUUAGCUUUUAAUAAAAAUAAACGUUAACUAAUACAAUAAUUUUAAAAAUACAGAAGCAAACUGUUACCAUAGCAUAGUUUAUUUAAUACAAUGUUUAACUAUAAAAGUUGAUAGUCUGAGUUUAUAUUCUGUACAAUGCAGUUUGCAGAAAACAGUUCAAGUUACCAGACUAAUGAUAAAAGAAGCAGCAUUUUGAAACAUUUUACAAUUGUGACAAGAGCUUUAUUCCUAAAUUUCAUUAAAAAAAUAUACAUCACAGUGACUUUGAGCUUGGAAAAGAAGUGCAUUAACUUCAUUUGUUUUUCCCUUCCACAGAGAGCAGCCACAACUUUUAACAUCCCCACAUACAAAUACCCAAUUCAUUUAUCAAUCCUUCAAAACACUAUAAACACAGAAAGGAGAACAAUAUACAGCAUGUGCUUUUGAUAAACAGGAAUUUGCUUUAAGCAAGAAAAAAAAGGAGGGGGGGAGAAAACGCAAUUCAAAUCCACCACUUACUCCCGUGCCUGAACAACUCCCUUCUACCUUGCUGAUGGAAUU